AUCCGAUUUCAUGUUCAGAUUUCCUUCUUUUUUUCGGGGAUGAUCAGCGCCUCACAAACAUGCUUUUUUUGCUCUGUCGAUCCUGGUUAUUUCUUUGUGUUUUUGUGGCCCCUCCCCCCCACAUCCCUGUGGUCUGGACACUCUUGCAGGCGCCCCCAGUGCCAGUGGGCGGGGACAAUAGACUACGGGAGAUACGGGGGACGCACCGGGCACGAACGUGGAUGGUGUGCUGGCGUUGCGUCCUGAUGACCGGUGAUUACCCUGGACUUCCUCGACUCUGCCAACUCGACGAUGCUCCAGACUUGCUGUCCAGAGCGGACAGUAUCCGUACAGACGGCUGCCAAACCGCCACAAUAUGGAGAAACGAACAGUCGCAAGCGGACAGUUUUGGGUUGCCACCCACCCACCCACCCACACCUCAGCGACAACUACAGGUGGGACGAAACUACUGCACGCAAGUCCCUUGCUCACCUCAGAAAAACGGUAACAACGGUGGGCGUGAUGCAGGCGAGAGAGGGCCAGACGGAAGCCGCCCCUUGGCUGACUACUACAUGGCGUUCUCAUCUGCGUCUGCCGCCGGGUUCUUGCUCUUGGUCUUCUCCCUAGUGUUGGGUAGUGCAGAUUUGUUGCUGAGUGCAACAAGCCUCGACGCCUCUCUCUACUUGACGCUUGGCCGCAUGUGAAGGGGGAAGGAAAUCUGGCAAAACCCCUUCACACACCUCCCUCCACCAGGUCAGUGCCUCCACCAACGUCUUGGUUGAGGUGCUAUCGAUGACAGUCCUCCUCCCUACAGAAAAUCCCUCUGUUCGCCUCCUCUCCGAAAAGUUUCUGCUCGAAAACUCGUCACCGUGGUCUUGGACCCCGCUCCCUCUCUUACCCCCUAACGAUGAGAGCCCUACGGCAUCACCAGGGAGACGUGCAAGACUAUCUCCAGUGCGCCAGAGGCAGAGCCACCACCGGAUAUUACCACCAAGGCGCGGCCCACCCUUUUGCGUCUUCCUCCGCCCUGGCGCGGCCCCCCUUAGGUGUGAAGCCUCACAACCCACGAGUCACUUUCCCUGAAGGCUGUUGCCAGCAACCGCGCGGCCCCUCACCCCCCCCCCCC